AUGUUUCAAUCACUUCAAUACGCGUCUGUCUUCCUUGCAUUUUCAAGCUUCGCGGUCGCUGCAGAGACCGGCAGAAGAGCCAAGUGUACAGUGAAGGUUGUACGCAAGCCAUGGGACAUGCUCACAUCAAAAGAGAGGUCCGCCUAUAUCGAUGCUGAACUAUGUUUGAUGGCAGCACCCAGUCAGCUCAACAUCCCGGGUACCGAGACCCGGUGGGAUGACCUGCACUGGAACCACAUAGUUCAGGCCAACUUCAUUCACGACGUUGGCCAGUUCCUUCCUUGGCACCGUUACUACAUUGCUAUUCACGGCGACCUCCUGAGGAAUGAGUGUGGUUACACUGGACCUCUACCAUACUGGGAUGAGACAGCAGAUUCCGCACUUCCAUCUUCGGAAAGCGCUUCGAUCUUCCAACCCGAUGCAUUCGGUGGUAACGGUGUGGGUUCUGGCCCGCAAAAGUACAUUGCAGAUGGCCCAUUUGCGAAUAGCACCUUGCACCUCAAGCGCCUCGGCGUUGCUCCUGCGGACUACAAGAUUUAUCGGGAUCUCAACGCCAGGACGCUCAUCGGUGGAGCCCAGGCCACAAUUGACGCAUGCUUCCAAAUUAGCACUUACACUGCAGCUUGGGAAUGUUGGGCCGGCUUGCCUCACAGUUCUGGCCAUGGGGCCACUGGAGGUCUGAUGGUCGACGUUGUGUUAAGUCCUGGAGACCCUGUCUUCUACUUACACCACGGCUGGCUUGACGCUAUGUGGUGGAAAUGGCAGUCCCUUGACCUUCCAAACAGACUUAAAGACAUGGGAGGCCGUAAUAUCCCUCGGGAGAGCUACGUUGGUAAUAUCGGUCUCCCUCUGCCUGGACCUGAGUGGACCAACCAUGAUGGCGACGACGGCAGCGUAACGACACUGAACCACGUUUUGUAUAUGUCCGACAUGUAUCCUAACGUGACCGUCGCUGACGUGAUGGACGUCAGGGGUGAUGUGGUUUGCGCCGAAUACUUUUAUAACGACAGCUUCACCUUCACCAUGAGUAGAAUCGUGGACGGAAUCAUCGUAUUUGAUACAAUAAUCAGCUAG